ACGGUAAAUUUAUAGAUCCGUCGGAGUCUUGGUUGUUUGCAAACCCAAAGAGCACUGCAAUGUAAAUUUAUCAAGAGAAUAAUCGGACCGCAUACUGAAAAUAGCGCUGCAGAAACGCAGAAGACCUCCUUCUUUCAACUAAACUGCUUCCUGAACACCUUCAGGCUCAGAAGUGCUGAAGCCUCAGACACAUUUCACCCGCUUCCUAAUCGAUUGUGACGCCAAACUCCUCUCUCCCUCUGCUGAGGGAGCAAUUGCCGCCUGUACCCCUGCUGUCCACUACACGAGAGCAGACUUCUGGAAUGGCUUCUAAACCUCAUCCGCCUCUGAUGAAGAAACACAGUCAGACCGAUCUGGUGAGCCGACUCAAGACUCGCAAGAUCCUCGGGGUCGGUGGAGAGGAUGAUGAUGGAGAGGUGCACAGGUCAAAGAUCAGUCAGAUGCUGGGGAAUGAGAUCAAGUUUGCGGUCCGAGAGCCUGUGGGACUGAGGUUAUGGAUUCUCUUCUCUGCCGUGGUUUUCACAGUCAUGGCCCUUAUGGCCCUGGCCUUCCCCAACCAGCUGUAUGAGGUUGUGUUUGAUCAGGAGCAAACGGCCACCAGUGUCUCUAUACGUCUCUAUGGAGGAGCCAUUCUCAGCCUGUCUCUGAUCAUGUGGAAUGGAUUGUACACCGCUGAGAAGGUCAUCAUCCAGUGGACAUUACUUAGCGAGGCCUGUUACUUCGCCAUCCAGUUUUUAGUGACCUCCGUCACUCUGAUGGAACUGGGAUCCCUGCCAAACACGGCCAUCCUCCUCCUCCUCAGUCGCAUAUUCUUCCUCACCGUCACGCUGUCCUACUACUACCAUCUGGGACGCCGGCCCAAGAAGAUCUGAGAGCCCCACACACACACAUGGUGACGGGCCGCUGGGCUGGAGUUUCCAUCAGAAGCUUUGAACAGUGACACAGUCAAACAACAUCAACCUGUUCAUCCUGCAACCCGGCUUUUUUUUUUUUCAUUUCAACUUACACACGACACAGGAGAAAACUUCUUUUUUUUCUAUGGUAAAUGCUCACAAUCCGGUCAAAUGAAUUCCAUUUUUAUUUCCGACACACAGCGUUGAUCACCUGAAGUAUUGCACACCGUAGCCGAGCUUGAAAUGCUGGCGUAAUUGUCUGUAGCUGUGUUAAACAAAACUGUAAACCAUUUCAUGUUCUAAUGCCAAUGAGCUUGUAGUCAUGUGACGUGUGUGAAGGGUGGCUAGUAAACACUAGAAUGUGUGUUUUCUGUGCAGGUCAUUCAGUAUUUGAGCGGUAAAAGCAAUGUUACUGGUUGGUGUGUCUGUGCUCUGCGUGGAACGAGUUCUCAUACGGGAAUGGUUAUGAUCCUUAUGGAUGACAGACACAACAGGUUAGUUUGUUUGGUUAGCUAGUUGAUCUUGAUCUUUCAGGAGCUUUUCUUUUCCAUUUUUCCUUACUGUCAUGUACAGGAUUCAUCAAUAUUUUGAAGUGUAUAUGAACAAGAAAGGCCUUUUUCUUUCAGUCGUAACGCCACACAAUAUGGUUUUGUAGCACAAGGGCACGUUUCAUUCAUUUAGACGAGCAAUGUAGCAGUAUUUUCCCUCACGUCUCCCUAAUAUUGCCUUAAUAUGCUAAACUGCACAAGCAAUCCACGUCAGCACACUGCCAGUUGUCCGUAUUCCUCAAAAGAACUAUAUAGUGUACAUAUAUUUUUUUGUUGAUUUGCAGUUUUUCCAGUUGCUUAUUUAUUGGCCUGCCCAGAAGUUUUUAGGUUUGUGGAAUCACUUGCAUGUUUAUUGUCUGAGUUGUUCAGUUCGGUCAUUGUGCGAGUUCUGCUGAGACGAACUGCAAAAUUAAAAUGAGGCAUGAUGUGUGUGUAAUUACACGUUUGCUGCAUCGUGUGUAUUCGCUGUUAUUUUUGAAAGUGUCCAUUAGUUGCAACGGUGACAUCUUCCGCUAAAAGCAUAAUUGGAAGCAUUUUUUUAACUUUAAAAGCGAUAGUUCCCUUUGAAAUAAAUUUUUUUCCGCAGUAUUUUCAAUUUUGAAAUUUU